AGAGAGGGAGAGAGAGGAGGGCGAAAAAGACAAAGAGAGCAUGAGCGGAGACGAGCGGAGAGAAGAAAAAGGAGAGAAGAGAGAGAGAGAGAGAGAAGAGGAGAGGGAAGGGAAAGAAGAGAGGAGGAGAGGGGGAUGGAGGAGGGGGUGAGAAAGAGAGAGCGGGAGCGAGAGAGGGAGAAGGGAGAGAGAAAGAGGGUUUUGAUUCCGAGAGGAGGUGGGGAGGGGAGGCGAGAGAGGAGGAAAGUAGGAAAGAAGCGAGAGAAAACUAGAUUUAGGUUCCAGGAGGAUUCCGAGAGACAGGAGAGGGAAAAGAGAGGGGGGAGGAGGGGGGGGAGAAAAGGAGUACAAGAGAGGGGAGAGAUAAGAGGGAGGGACGAGGAGAGGCACAGGAGAGGGAGGGCGGGCACACUUUGA